GUAAUACUAUUGGUAAGGGAGGGUGAAAGACAAAGCAGAGCAACACGGAGAUAUGAAACUAAAUACAGUAAAUAAUUGGCUUUAGUCGUCUAUCUUUUCUGUUGACGGCAACGUCUUAAACAGAGAUAAAGUAGGUGAAAGUGAGGAAGAGAGAGAAGGGUAUAGUAUGUCGAGAACUUGGUACUUUGGACGUAUUUCCAUUGAUAUACACGUAUUCACGUGGUUCCGCGUUUGUGGGUGGUUCGAUUAUUUAACCAAGUGUUUUGUUUAUAGCAAUAUAACUGAAAUCGCACGAAUAUGUUCGACCGUAUUGAAUGGAAAAUAUUUUUACCUUUGGUUUUGUAUUGUGCUACAGGUUUGGCUGACGACGUAUGUUUGAUACAAAAUGACCAAGGAUCAACAGAUAAAGUUUAUUGUAAAUUCGGAUGCUGUGAAUCACUCGAUGGUAUAUACUGCUGUGUGAGAGACUAUAUUCUCGAGGCACAGUAUGAAUAUGGCUACAAGAUUGCUGGUGCAGUGGUUGGCGUUAUAGUUGGAUGUGUAUUUUUAGUUGUCAUAUUUCGCUGUCUUGUGGCUCUUCGUCGAAUGAACAAUGUACAAGUAAUUACUGUGGAAGAUGACACACAACACACUAGAAGUGUCUCCAUGACGAGUCGAGAGGAUUGUAAAGACGGCAACAUUGAAAUGCAGCCUCCCUCAACAAUUUCAUAUCCACAGUCCAGUUUUUGUUCGUAUGCUGAUGACCAAAGUAUAAAUGACCAUGCCAUAUGUACACCUGAGAAAGCCAGUCUCUUUAGAUAAACAGAGUAAGCAGUCAAUGAGCUGACCACACAACUCUGUUUCAAAUCCUUGAUGUAUCCAUUCCAGUUCACUUACAUGGCCAAUAUCCAUGGGAAAAGCAUGAAAAUAUCACACAUCUCUAUAAUCCUUUCUCUGUAAAUCAAAAAAAAUGACAAUCUAACAAGUAGAUACAUUAUGUGAAAUUGUAUUUAUUAACCCAUUUCAAUCAUAAGUGUGAACUCAUAUAUUUGUGUGGGUGAUUAUAAAGUGUGUGUGUGUGUGUGUGUGUGUGUUUUGUGUGUUAUACUUUUUCCUUCAGAAUUAUAUUUCUUUUUCAAGGAGUACUUGAAAUGAAAAACCACCAAAAUUUCAUCCAUAUACUGUAUAUAAAAAUUAUGUGUGACUAUAUGUUUGUAGUCAUAUAUAUGUAUAUAUAUAUAUAAAACAGCCAAUGUGACAAUAUAAACAGACUGUUUUAUGUCCUUACAUAUCUCUAGUAUGUUAUAUAUAUAUUGUAUUCCAGUUAUUACAACAAGUGGUUGCUGAAAAUGAAUGAGAGAGAAAGAAAGAGAGAUAGAGUGAGAGGGAGAGGGAGUUAUGUAUUUCAAAGAAAGUAAUCAAAACAUAUCUAUGAUAUCUAAAGAUGGAUGUAAUGAGUAUGAAUAAUAAUUAUAAUAAUAAUAAUAAUAAUAAUAUAUGAAGGAUUGAGGUACUCCUCCAGAAGAUAUAGAGUCAAAAUUAAAAGAGUGCCUUUGUUAUCUAGUGAAUGAUAUUUU